AUGUUCCGCCUCUUCAAGUCCGACUUCUUCAACUUCGAGGCGCUACGGCUACUCAGCUUCACGGCACACGAGGGAGGCGAGGUUGCCGAAUUCAUGGCGGCAGUGGGCCAGAUCACGGAUCUCGACCUAGAGAGCUGGUACAUGGUCUGGAUCGAAGCAGCAUCCAAGGCCGAAGAGUUGGCACGGGAGGCGGAGCUAUCGGGAAACCGUGUGGCCGCGCGACGGGCUUUCUUCCGGGCGUCCAACUAUCAGAGGGCGGCGCAGUUCAUGCUCGACGGCCGCAAGGCAGCGACUGGUCAGGACCCCCGGAUGCUAUACGAUUCUGAGGCGGCCAUCUCCAACUUCUGGCGCGCUGUCAACCUCAUGGACUCGUCGGUGCGAAAGCUCGAGUUGCCCUACUCGCCCUCUGGCUCCGACGACGACAUCAUCAAGCUCCCGGCGUAUCUCCACCUGCCGCACCCGUCCAAGCGGCGGGCGGGCACUCAUUUGCCGCUCCUCUUCAACACGGUGGGCGCGGAUGCGACGCAGGAGGAAAUUUUCUACAUCUUGCCCAUGACAGCGCUGGAGCUGGGAUACGCGGUGCUCACCUUCGAAGGGCCAGGCCAGGGCAUUGUGAUUCGGCGACACAACAUACCCUUCCGCCCCGACUGGGAAACCAUCGUCAGUACCGUCAUCGACUUCACCCUAGCCUACCUCGACAGCCACCCGGAGCUCCCACCCAUCGACAGAGACCGGCUCGCCCUAGCCGGCUCCUCGAUGGGCGGCUAUCUCUCGCUGCGAGGCGCCGCCGACGCACGCAUCAAGGCCUGCGUGGCCAUCGACCCCUUCUACCGGAUGUGGGACAUGCUGAAAGGCCGCGUGCCUGACUCGGCCGCCCAAGCCUUUGCCGUGGACAGCGUGGUGCCAGAGUCGGCGUGGGACGGGUUGUCGGCGGUGCUGGGCUGGUGGAACGUGCAGACGCGGUGGGAGUCCGGGCUGACGAGCUGGAUGCUCGGGGCGAAUUCAACGGCCGACAUGUUCCGGCGCAUGCAGACGUACACGCUCGAGGGCCACCUGGCACGGGUGCAUUGCCCCGUGUUCGUGACGGGCGCGCGCUUCUCGUUGUACUGCCAGCCCGAAGUCAGCACCGAGCGAAUCUGUUCCGAGCUGAUCGGGCAUGGCAACAAGAACGUUGUCAAGUGGAUAGCCGAGGAUCCUGGACAGGGAGGAUUGCAGUCCAAGGUUGGCGCUUUCACCGUGCUCAACCAAAAGAUAUUUGCCUGGCUGGACGGUGUGUUCGGGAUUGAUCGCAAGAUCCAGGCCAAUAACGAGGUUUAG